GUGAUGAGAAGCAUUCUGACUGGUUUCAGACGACGACUUCAACCUCAUCCACGACGCUGUCUACCGAUACAACGUCGUCGUGAUCAAAAGCUCGCCCAACCUCUCCGUCAAAGCGCAGUACGAGCUGACGCGACGCUUCGACCCAACUGCAACCAGCUACGGCCAUGGCAGCACUACCACUCUCGACGCCAAGCGCAGCGUGCUGCAUCCCGAUCUCAAGACGGUGCCGCACCAGCCCCAGGUGCAGAUCCUCGGCCACGGCUUUGUCCCCAGCUACGAGGGCCUACAGAAUCUCGUCUUGCGGCAUCCGCACCACCGCACGUUCCAUCGUGA